AUGCCAUUGCAGAGGAUAUGCGCUGUUUUUACGCAGCCUUCCUUGACAACGGGAGGCAUGGCGGACUCAAACUCCUCUGUUCGCAUCUCCGGAUUUGUUCUUGGUUCAUUAAUGUUUCACCACUUUAACAGUGAUUCUGAUGUGGAAGGUCUUAUUCCUGGGGAGAGCAAAGCUGAAGCGAGAAGCAACAUCACUGAUUCUCAAAUCGACAACAUACAGUUUGAGCAUACAAUAAGUGGGUCAUCAGCUGUGCACUUGAAUCAUCACAAUUUUCUGUUCCAGACUUUCAGAAACAUCCACUGGUAUGGCAAGCUCAAUAGCGUCUAUAAUAGUAUAGGGGAGGUGAACCAGGAUGAAGUAAGGCACCUUUUGUCAAAUUAUAAGGAGGAGAAUGUGAUUGGUUGGUAUAAACAGCAGAGAUACACAGAUCAACAAAUUACCUUCAGAGAGCAAGUAAUCCAUGAGAACCUGAAAAGAGCAGUCUCCAAUCAGGAGCUGAUGUUUCUGUUACUGACACCCAGUGAGGUCACAUCAUCAGGCUCCACACACAAACUGGAGUAUGCAGUCUACAGAUCACAUUGCAGUCAAUCCUGCAGCGUUCCGGUCCGGGUCAGCAACCUGGGUUUGUUGGAACAGCAGGACUACUGGAGACUGUCUUUAUCUUGUUCAUCAGUCAACUACAACCGUGCUGUUUGGAAACACAGAUAUAGAUUCUUCUCCUUGGAUGGAUCCCUGCAAGAGGUGGAUGAGAUUAAUGAAAUGAACAACUCCUUGCAAGGCAAACUGAAGGUGGCAUGUAAGAAAGUGGAGGAGAGUGAGCGAUUGGUCGAGGAGCUGCUUGCAGAUGUUUCGUCUCUAAGGACUGUCAGUGAGAGGAAACGAGGAGAAAAAAGUAUGACCAACUUCUGCUCAGAUGGAGACUCCACUCCAGCCCAGUCUCAGGAGAAUGUACUGCUUGAGGCCAUUAAGACACUGUUCCCUGGGGCAGCUCUACUCCAAACACAGGCUCUAACGUUCCAGGAGUUCCCCGUGCCUGAGUUCUGCUGCAACACUGACCAUGGCAUAGACAUCACCACAACACUGCCUUUGAUCCUGACUCAUACAGUCCCCAAAGCCAGGAAGGGGAGGCUUGGUAGAGGCGGAGGGACGUCCUGGAGAAAACGUCCCCUUUGGGAAUCAUCUGACACGCCCAAGAGGAGGAAAAACAUGUUGGAGGAGACUGAGGAUAAUUUGAUACCAGCCAAUCAAAACAGAAAUAAUUUAGACAUGUCUAACAAAGGACAAAAAUGUACCACUCAAAUGAUUACUUUGCAUAAAAGUGUAUGGAGUAUAGGAAAAUCUGUGACAUUCCCCUCAAUUACUGAAAACGUAUAUUUAGGGAUGCCUUCAAUUAGCUUAUUUUGGGGGUAACAUUUUAAAUGUAAGAACUGUCCUUGAAAUAAAGUGAGGUUAUUUCAGUCAAAAGUUGACACCUACUCAUUCCAGGGUUUUAUUUGUACGAUUUUCUACAUUGUAGAAUAGUGAAGCAAUCAAAACUAUGAAAUAACACACAUGGAAUCAUGUAACCAAAGUGUUAAAUCAAAAUAUAUUUUGAGAUUCUUCAAAGUAGCCACCCUUUGCCUUGAGCUAUGCACACUCUUAGCAUUCUCUCAACCAGCUGCAUGAGGUAGUCACCUGGAAUGCAUUUAAAUUAACAGGUGUGCCUUUAAGUUAAUUUGUGGAAUUUCUUUCCUUAAUGCCUUUGAGCCAAUCAGUUGUGUUGAGAUGGUAGGGGUGGUAUACAAAAGAGCCAUAAUAUGGACUUGGUCUUUUACCAAAUAGAACAGCUCAAAUAAGCAAAGAGAAACAGUUCAUCAUUAUCUUAAGACAUGAAGGUCAGUCAAUGCAGAAAAUUAAGAACUUUGAACAUUUCUUCAAGUGCAGUCACAAAAACCAUCAAGCGCUAUGAUGAAACUGGCUCUCAAGGACUGCCACAGGAAAGGAAGACCCAGUUACCUCUGCUGCAGAGAAUAAGUUCAUUAGAGUUAACUGCACUGCAGAAUGCAGCCCAAAUAAAUGCUUCAGAGUUCAAGUAAGACACACCAACAUCAACUGUUCAGAGGAGACUGCAGGAAUCAGGCCUUCAUGGUCGAUUGCUGCAAAGAAAACACUACUAAAAGGACACCAAUAAGGAGACUUGCUUAGGCCAAGAAACACAAGCAAUGGACAUUAGACCAGUGGAAAUCUGUCCUUUGGUCUGAAGAGUCCAAAUGUGAGAUUGUUGGUUCCAACCGCCGUGACGUUGUAAGACGCAAAGUAGGUGAACGGAUGAUCUCUGCAUGUGGAUCCCACGUGAAGCAUGGCGGUGUGAUGGUGCUUUGCUGGCGAUUUAUUUAGAAUUCAAGGCACAGUUAACCAGCAUGGCUACCGCAGCGAUACACCACCCCAUCCGGUUUGUGCUUAGUGGGACAAUCAUUGUUUUACAACAGGACAACAACGCAAAACACACCUCCAGGCUGGGUAAGGGCUAUUUGACCAAGGAGAGCAACAUCAGAUGACCUGGCCUCAACCCAAUUGAGAUGGUUUGGACCACAGAGUGAAGGAAAAGCAGCCAACAAGUGCUCAGCAUAUGUGAGACCUCCUUCAAGACUGUUGGAAAAGCAUUCUUCGUGAAGGAGGUUGAGAGAACGCCAAGUGUGCGCAAAGCUGUCAAGGCAAAGGGUGGCUACUUUGAAGAAUCUAAAAUUGUUUGAUUUUUUUAACACAUGAUUCCAUGUGCUAUUUCUAGUUGAUGUCUUCACUAUUAUUCUACAAUGUAGAAAAUAGUGCAUUUAAAGAAAAACCCUUGAAUGAGUAGGUGUCCAAACUUGACUGGUACCGUAUAUAAAAUAGUUCAAGCUGUAAUUGAACUUGUACAGAAUUGCAUUAAAUGAUUUUCACAUGUG